UCGGAAGUGGCACGUCCUCCGGUGAGGUCCACGGAGAUUCUAGACCCCGGCGCAGUGAGCUUCCCUGCCUUUGUAGCCCUGGACAGGCACCGAAUAGAAGAGCCAUCACCAAAACGGCGGAUGGAAAGGAACCCCGCUGAUGGUACCGGUCCGGUCCACGUGCCACUGGGGCAUAUUGUGGCUAAUGAGAAAUGGCGCGGGUCCCAACUGGCUCAGGAGAUGCAAGGGAAAGUUAGACUCAUUUUUGAGGAGGGCCUGGCGUCAGCAGAUUUUUACCUGUCUAGCAAAUCUUGCAUUCUCUAUAUCACUGAAGCAGAUUUGGUGGCCGGACAUGGCUACAGAAAGAGACUUGCUCGAUUUAGAAAUUCCUCACAUCUUCAAGGGAUUAUAAUAGUUGAAAAAACCCAGAUGAGUGACCAGUACUUCCCGGCAGUCCAGAAGUUCACUGUGCUAGACCUUGGAAUGGUGCUUCUUCCAGUGGCCAGCCAGUCGGAAGCAUCCUGCCUCAUUAUCCAGUUGGUUCAAGAGCAGACCAGAGAGCCCAGCAAGAACCCUUUCCUCAGGAAAAAGCGCUCCAUGCUCUCUGAGCUCUCCCUUGUUCAAACUGUGCAGCAGAUCCCAGGGGUUGGGAAGGUUAAGGCCCCCCUUCUGCUCCAGAAGUUUCCGAGCAUCCAGCAACUGAGCAAUGCUUCCGUCCAAGAACUGGAGGAGGUUGUGGGGCGCUCGGCAGCACAGCAGAUCCACACCUUCUUCACCCAGCCUAAGCCACAGCAGCCCCGCAGCUGACCCUGCCUUCAGACUUCAAACUACAGCGUCUGAUUUCCAUAUUUAAGAAGAAAAGGUUCUCCUCUCAGUGGCAAUAAGCUAAAGACAAGCAGAGGUCCAAUGAGGCUCACAGUCACCCUGCCUCGUCGUCUGUCCAGGCAGCCGCCUGGUGGGGCUUCAGUGUCACGGGUGGCACUGGCCACUUCCUGCUAAGAUGAAGAGGGUCUCACAGAGAGCAUCCAGAGACUCAUUCUCAGCAGCAGCCAGCUGGAGCAGGUUUGUACAAGACCCUUUACCCUGCCUCUGUCACUGAGAGGCCCUGUGAGGAUCCUGCGCUGAGUGGGGAGUGUCCCUGAUCCCAGUGUCGGGGCUACAGCUCAGGUCUUCUCCACACUCCUCAGGUACCUGUGCUCUGGGAGUUUCUGCUGGAGUCAACAAACGCCUUUCCUCCCUCAUAACCCCUCCCUCCCUAAUCAACACAAGAAAACUAUGUAGUGCUUUGGAUGAGGUGGAAGAAAUA